AUGCCUCUCACACCGAAGAUGAACGAGACAACUCCCAAACCAGGCCAUUGGGAAUACCAAGGACUGGAAGACAUGUACGGCGGCCUGAACCAAACCAAUGCUAACUUCACUAUCAGCGGCGAGUUAAUCGUGAACCCUGAAGGUCCCCGUUUGUACAAAGUCGAAAUUCUCCUUAUUGGGAAAGACGGGCGAGACCUGGAUUGGGGCAAAACCAUACCAAAAAGUUCGAGUACUUUACAUAAAGUCCUUAUCACUGGUCUCCAGUUCGACCAAGACACAAUCACAUACAUCAAGGAUCCCGAAUCUGACCCGGCACAGCAAACCUGUGAAUCUGCGCAAACGUCGUAUGUCCUGAUUAAGGAUAACCCGGAUAACAUCCUUGGUGGUACGUGUAAAAUUCAACCACGCACCCGAUUCGGUCCAAGUGAGCCUCCUGCGGAUGAAAAAACUCGAUGCAAGUGCGAUUGUAUUGUCUGUUUUUGCAAUCGAUAGAUUCAAGCUUUCUUUUUUUCUUUGACUCAUCUCUCUGGCUCUUUAUAUUUACUUGGUUGGCAUUAUGUAAAUUAGGCUUCUUUGAGUCUUGAUUAUAUUGUUCAGGUUU